AUGAUCAGCCAAAGAGGAAUCGACAUGGAGUCGUCGAAGACGCAGAAGGACAUUCAAAGCCUUACCGGACGUGUCGCUGCCCUGACGCGCUUCAUCUCCAAGGCUACCGAUAAGUGCGUACCGUUCUUCAAAGCCUUGAAAGGGGGCAAACAUCAUAUCGCAUGGACUCCCGAAUGCGACCAGGCAUUUCAAGACUUGAAGAACUACAUGAGCAGGGCACCAUUGUUGUCAAAAUCACUUCCCGGGGAAGUUCUCCUCCUCUACCUUUCGGUAUCAAGCACUGUCGUUAGCUCGGUAUUGAUAUGGAAGCCGGAGAAGGCAUAG